AUGCUGUUAUAUAUCAUAUACAUAAGACGCUCACUUGAGGCAAAACCAGAAGUAACAAUAAAGGUUGAAGGAGAAGCAAUCUUUUCUAAUGUAGAGUCAAUUCUUGCCGAAAUCACAAUUAACGAUGUUGGAUCUGGAACGAUUACUUAUAGUGUUGACGGCAAAACCAUAAAUGUUGAUGACCAAUACCUCAAAUACACAAUACCAAAUGGCCAAUCUUCCAUAAAAUUUAAUGCCAAUGUUCCUCUGAAAGAUUUGGGCUUAGUUUACUCUACAAAUAAGUAUUUACUGAGAGUGGAAGUUAAUAAUCCAAGCACAGGAACACAUUUUACUGAAUAUAACUUUCAUAUUGUCAAUCCACCACGAUUAAUCAAAGCAGAACCGUCAAAUUCAAGAUUUUCAUCACAAGAAACUUAUUAUACAAUAGAAUAUGAAAUUGAAGAUGAUGACAUCCAAUAUGGCAAGAAAUUAUCCUUAGUAGUUAAUGAAACAAAUCCAAAAUCAUAUCCAAUCAAUGCAGCCUCAAAUGGAAACAAAAUUUCAUCAACUUCGUUGCAAAUGCAAAUUGAAGCAAGAUCUGGAAGAAAUAUUCCUAUAAUGGUAUGGAUUGAAGAUGAUGCCGACCUAACUUCAAACAAAAAGAAUGGAAUGUCUAACAUAAUUACAGUAUAUGUCAAUUUUUCAAAUCCUCCAAUAAUAAAUAGAUACAAUUCAAAAUGUCCAGAAAUUCCCAGUAUAUUUAGACCAACAGAUAAGAUCCCAAUAACAGCAACAGUAAAAGAUGACCAAGGAUCAUCAGGACUCAUCAAAUACUAUCUUGAUGACACUCCAAUUCAUCAGAGGGGAUAUCAACUUCCUUCUGAUGAUACAGAGAAAUCUUAUGAAGACUUUGUUCCAAUACAAGAUAUUGAGCCGGGAGAGCAUAAUAUAAAAGUCCUUGCACAUGAUGAUACUGAUUUGAGAACGCCAAAUAAUAGAAGAUAUUUCCUUGAAUGUAAAAUUACUGUCAAAAAUUAUCCAACAUUAUCGAAUUUAGAACUUUCAAACAACAAAAUAACAAAAGAUGAAAAGAUAACAAUAUCAGGAAAUGUUAAAGACAAUGAUCAGAAUGAUAAGCUAUACGUAUUUCAGGUGAUUAACGAAGAAACACCACUUUUAUUAAAAGCUGUUCCAUUGGAACAAAGAAAAGGAGAAUUUAACGGCAUUGAACUCCGCAUUUCAAAUGAUAUUGGAAAUCAUACAGCCAAGAUUUAUGUGUCAACACUAGAGAAUCUUGACCUUUCUAAAUCAUACACUUAUAGUGAUCCACAACAAUUGGAAUUCGUCAUUACAAAAUUACCUGUUUUGACACCAGUCUGGCCAAAAGAAAAAAUUCAACAAUUUGAAGAUAAAUUCACAGUUUCUGUUAACAUUAGUGAUGAUACAAAAGGAAAGAUUUAUUUCAAAAUUGAUGGGUCAAAGCAACUAUUGGCAACAAUUGAUUAUGAGUCAUAUGAAAAUCCAAUAAAUAUUACAAGAGAAUUUACAUUUGAUUCAAGCAACUUAACAAAAGGAGAGCAUAGAAUAUCAGUUUACGCAUCAGAUGAAUAG